AUGCCCUUAUAAAAUAUAAAUGUGGUUAAUCAAAUUGGAACAACAUUUGUAUCAUAGAUACCACAAGUGUUUUAUCCUCUAGCCAAAAAGAUAUAUCCCUUGACUCCCCAACUAGUUGACCAAGAAUUCUUGAGCUUGAAUGCCUAUUCGUCAUAUCCUACAGCCAAUACGACGUGAUUCAUUUUAGUAUCACAAUCACUGAACACUCUUUCUACCUUUGGGUCGUAGUAUUACCAAUUGGUGGCAUCUACUCCGACUGAAACUGGUCCCUUGUUUAAAUAAGCAACCAAUGUUUGCUCAUCCUUGGCCAAAACUUAAGAUCCUUUAAUGUGAUAGGCGCCUCCCUUGAUUUUGCAAGUUCCUU